GGAGCUGUCUUGGGGAGGUUAGCUGGUCCCCACAAAAAGGGGUGUGCGUCACCGGGUCUGUUUCUCCUCCCCCAUCCCCGCCCCCUUCCCUGUCUGGCGACGAUCUGUCCCUUUGCUGGUGUCACCCGGGCGCCUCACGGGCCGGAGGUUGGGAGUAACUGCUUGAAGAAGAAAAUUCUCAGCAUGGAAAACUCAUGCAAAGAAAAUGAAGUACAACCACAGAGCACUCCAAAGACCGACAAAGAGCAGCCUCCGGUGGAGCAGUGUCCUGAAAAUCAGUGUUCUGAGGAGGAGCAGUCCUCAGAGGAUCUGUCCUCAGAGGAGCAGUCCUCAGAGGAGGAGUUCUUUCCUGAAGAGCUUCUGCCUGAGCUGCUGCCAGAGAUGCUGCUGUCAGAAGAUCGUCCUCCGCAGGAGUGCCUCUCACAGAAGAACCUGUUCGAGGACCGCCCUCCCAUGGAGCAACCUCCCUGUGGGGUGGGCAAACACAAGCUAGAGGAGGGAAGUUUCAAAGAAAGGCUGGCCCGUUCCCGCCCUCAAUUUAGAGGAGACAUCCAUGGCAGAAAUUUAAGUAAUGAAGAAAUGAUACAGGCAGCUGAUGAGUUGGAAGAGAUGAAGAGAGUACGAAAUAAACUGAUGAUAAUGCAUUGGAAGGCAAAACGGAGCCGCCCUUACCCCAUUUAAUGUGUUCCACCUUUCUUUGUUUUGCUUGAUAAUAGCAUUGCUACCUGGACUCAUGUUCUUCCAUGCCUCUUCCCUUCUUAGUUGUAAUUUUUUGUGCAGUUUUAUUUCAGGUGUUUGACUUGUAACUGGCACAGGAUUGCUUUUAUUAUUUUUUCUUUAACCGUUUAAAAUCUGAGUCCAAUCCAUUUGCAUGUAAAAAUAUACAUUAUAUAUGUGAAGUGAUAAAAGCAAAAGGUAUAUACAUAGCAUUCCCAUUUUUGUAAAAGGAAAACACAUUUAUAUAUUAAUAUGCAAAGAAAAGCUAAAAAACUAUAUACUUAAAGGCUAACAUUGGUUAUCUGUGUGGUAAAGAUAAUAGGUGAUUUUUAUAUUUUUUAAAUUUUGCUUUAUCUAAAGUCUCACUUUUCAUGAUGAAUACAUUUUAUUUAUGUUGCAUAACAAACAAUAUAAUAAAAAUGUGAAGCAAUUCUAAAAAAUAAAACUUCAUAAUUAGCUUAUAAAGACAAUGUGAUCCUUAAUAAAUAUUUAUCAGAACUUAAAAGUUAA